AUGCCUAACGCUGAUAUAGUCAACUCUAGAUUGCGUGGCGGCGGAGAGCCGAUCUCCGACCUCAUCACCCUCCGUGCUCAGCUGCUCACGAUUCAGUCCGAGUUGAACUCCCAAGCGACCGCGGUAGCGGUCGACGCCGCUCCAUCUUCCCCACCGCCUUCACCACCUAUUCGACGUAAACGCCGUACACCUCGGCCACUCUCGCUCGUCCAAGCCAGUAGCUCCAGCGCGGGCGUACGACGCGCAGAGUCCUCUUUCGAGCUGCGCAACAACGCUCCUCCUCUAUCGCCAUCUUCCCGGCCUACCAGCCCGGCUUACUCUACGUCUCGAAGACGUGUGAGUGAAGCCGACGCUCGACUCGUCACCACGCCAACGUCAUCUACCUACACUCCUGGAUCGGCGUCGCCUCGGCGAAGUAGCUUCCAAUACCACCGUUCGUCAAGCUGGAACCGCGACUUCAAUGACACGUUCCUUCAGACUCGCCCCUCUCUCACGAAGCUUGCUCAGCAGCGCGCUGCGGCUCAUCCUCGCGGCCAGUCCGACGCGACAGAGGAGACUUUGACCACGCCUACAACUUCGGCGAGCUCCGCCAGUGCAGUCACGCCACGCUUCGGGCCUUCAGCGUCGACUCAUCUUCAGACGCCUUUUGGGUCGCAAGGCUCGCUGUACAUGCUCGCUGAGCGUCACGCCGAGCGCAAUGACACAGAUGAGAGCGGCGUGGGUGAGGCUACCAACGCGCCGAGGGCCGUACAACAGUCUCCAGACCUCACGAGUCAAAGCGGCUCUAAUUCUGUGCAAGACAGCUUCCAUACAGGUGCAGAACAAGUGGAUGUACAGAAGAGCAAGCUUGUGGAGGAAGAGCCUCACAAAACCAUUGCGUCUGCACGUCCUAUUUCGCAAGCCUCGCGGCGUAGCAUUACCCACCUCACGCCCGGCCCGAGCAACGAGCGCCUCUGUCGACGGCGCAGUCGAGAGAAUCUGGAAAGCCGAGGUAGCGCAGAAGACGGCUACGCAGACCUCGAUUCGCUCAAACCGUGGGCGGCUUCGUGGAGCGAGUCGCCCCUCAGCUUCUUUUCACCGCUGCCGCCAAGUCAGCCCACCUUUUCGCAGCUCGAUGAGAGGGCAGAGGACGAGGCAAGAGGGCAGGAGACGCCACGCCGUAGAGGUACGGAGAACGACGUAGCGCAACGCGAAGACCGGACAAGCGCUGACACUGGGCAACGCAAAAGCUUGACUGUUCGACGUACACGGACGCGCACCAGAUCCGCUCAGACGAGGACGCAAGUAGCGCCGCAGUCUCGAAGCGCUGUGCGCCUGACGGCAGCAAAGGAAGAGGCUACGCCGCCUGUAUCUUCACGGCCAUCGCGGCUAUCAAUUGCUGCGUUUGUCGCGUCCUCAGCACUCACGACGAUACCUCUGGCCGGAUGCCCCGCCCUCUUCUACGUCUUCGAGGCCAGCUACCUCGCUACCAACCUUUCUCCCGCAGUAAUCUACGCCCCGAUUCCGCUCUUCGUGGCGAGCUGGGCCAGCUUCUUCGUCUGGAGGCGACAAUGUUACCAGGCCAUGUCGAGUGCCCAACUCACCUGCUUUGACCUCGAGAAGAGCUCGGCGCCGACAGCUCCCACGGUGCCCGCGACGCCGGCUGCGACUCGUCCUGUGAUGUCAGGCCGGCAGGAAUCAGUAGCGGGUGGAGACGAGGAUGAGGAUCCGGCCAUUGCUGCCUUGGACGAUGAUUCCCCCAAAAGGAAGCUUGCUCUCGCCAGGCUGAAGGAACAGCUCAUGAGACGGACGAUGAUUCGUCCUGCCUCGUCACGCAGCGAUGCUGAUGGGGUGAUGAGUAGGGCAGCAGAGAGCGAGCCGUCCGCGCCCUUCUACUCUGGCGGCGCUACUGACGCUCCAUUGAGUCAGAGCGACUCAGCACCCACAGGUUCAACGCAGCCAUUAGCUUCUCCGCCACUCCCGCCCCCACCUCCUCAACCGUCACCUGCUUUGACUUUGUCCACUCGACCGUCCUUCGGCGCUUCCGGUCGCGGCCUUUGGGGUAUGGUCGAGCCGCAAAGUCAAGCUGAGCCGCAGAGCGAACCGAGAACGCCAGUGGGUCCCAUGGCCGUCCUGGAGAUUCCAAGUAGCAAAGCAAUACCUGGUGCGGCUCCACGUUCGGCUCGACCACGUCACCUUCCCUCGACUCUGAUUUUCCUAGGCUUCGCUGCCCUCUCAAGCGCCUACUGCGUUGCUCUCAGCGUCUGGCUGAUAAUCCACCGCGGCGGCAGCGUCACGCAAGAUACUCGCGCGAUUGGCACCCUCACUCUCGUCGUCCUGGCGGGCGUAUGCUUCGUGGCUGUCUGCAUCGCUAUGGCUGCACUCAUCGUAUGUGCGCUGAGACGGUCGAGAGACAAGGAGUAG